AUGAAAUAUUAAUCAUUGAGCAAUGAUAUAAAGAGAGUAAAGCAAAUUGAAAAGAAUAAGGAAGAUUAGUUGAAUAAGCUAAUAACCAAUAUUGGAUAAGAAAUCUAAUAGAACAUAGAUGAUCCUUAUAAAUAUUUAAUCAAAAGAAACUAUUCAAUUGAAGAUAGAACUAUUAAAAAAAGGGACAACAUUCAAUAACGCAGACCAUAAGGAAGUAUGUCCAUAGCUGAAAUUUGGACAAAGAAGAUGAAAAAGCAAUGUGAUAAAAUUUUGGAAGAGAUGAAAAAAAAGUAAAACAAAUAAAUACUGGAUUUAUCAAAAUAAUAAUCGAUAGAUAAUAGAUAAAUUGAGGAGUCCAUGUAAUCUCCAUAAAUUGCAAGUGUGAUAAUUGAAUAAUUGGGACUUAAAGCUUUAAUGGGUAAAUCCAAACAUAAAAAUAAAAAUAAACAAAUUGCCUAGUCGCCACAUCAAAAAUAAUUGUCUUAAUCCUAAAUUGUGAAUCAAUCACCUGAUCCUAUCAGAAAUAGAUUUGCUUCUAAUUUUAAUUUUGAACCAAUCCAAUAUUCUCCUAUUAAACAGUAUCAUCAUAACAGCCAAAGUACCAGUAGUAGUACAAAAAAUUUAAUCAAUAGCAACUUUAGAAAGUACAGUAUUAAUAAUGAAAUUAAAAGAGAAGUCAAUAAAUGCAUAAAUGAAUGUGAUUCAUUAAUUCAAAAUUAUAAGGAUGUUGAUAAAAAGUUGAAACAGCCAUAGAAAAGCCGUUUAGAUAUUUUUGUUGAAAAACAGAGAAAAGAAACAUUAGAAGAACUAAUAUUUAUUGAAAGAAAUAAACCCAAAAAGAUAUAUUGAUCUAUAUUUUCAUAUUUAAUUUUCCAUUUAUUUUAUUAAUCAUUAUUGAAUAAAAAA